GAUAUCGCGUUCCAAAAUUGACAUCGAGUUGCCUAUCUAUGUUUAUUGGGAUUAUUACUUUCCACCAUGAUCGUCUUUAAUGUGCUAACUACUCGGUCCUCCACGGGCCUUUCCUCAAGACAAUAUGCACAAUAAAACACGUGUUGUUAUAUACAAGGGAACUAUUUACAAAUAUAAAACUCAUCAUCCACAAUAUAUAGAAAUUAUUACUCAAUUAAAUUAUAAAAAUUCAUAUUUAAUUAUUUAUCAAUCUAAAUGUAAAUGGAAAUAUAAAUUUAAUUCUAAUACAAAUUGGAUUAUUCAAAAAUUUUUAUUACAUCAAUUUAAUGAUAAUGAACAAACUAAUCAAAUUGAAAUAGAUUCAACGACAACAACAUCAACGAAUAUACCAUCCAAUACUACUGAUUAUACUACUAAUAGUAACACCAAUACUACUACUACUACUACUACUACCAAUACUAACACUAAUACUAAUACUACUGAUACUACUACUACUACCAAUACUAACACUAAUACUAAUACUACUGACACUACUACUACUACCAAUACUAACACUAAUACUAAUACUACUGAUACUACUACUACUACUACUACCAAUACUAACACUAAUACUAAUACUACUGAUACUACUACUACUACUACUACCAAUACCAAUACUAAUACUAAUACUAAUGUUACUUCAUUGAAUCUAAUUAAUGAUUAUUUAAAUGAUAAUGAUUAUGUAAAACAAAAAACAAAUUCAAUUAUUCAAUCAUUAAAUGAUUUAUUUUAUGCAACAAUAUUAUAUAGAAAUAAUAAAUCAAAUUAUAAUUUAUCAUAUAAAUUAUCUAAAACUAAAUUAAAAUGGUUACAAUAUUAUUCACAAAAAUCAAUGAAUUAUAUUCAUCAUUCAUUGUCAUUAUCAUCAUCAUCAGCAGCAGCAACAUCAGCAGUAACAGCAACAGCAUCAUCAUCAACAGGAUCAUCUUGUCAUUCUGUAAAUAAUUAUUCAUCAUCAUUUACAAAAUCCUACAAAAGUAAAUCAUGUAAAUUAAUUAAUUCUAAUUCACAAACAAUAAACUCCACUGUAUCUAUAAAUUCUAAUGAAUUAAAUACAAGUCAACAAAUGUGUACAAAUAAUCAACCUAAAUAUACUACUACUACCAAUACUACUAACAAUACUACUACUACUACUAACAAUACUACUAACAAUACUACUACUACUACUACUAACAAUACUACUACUACUACUAACAAUACUACUAACAAUACUACUACCAAUACUACUAACAAUACUACUACUACUACUAAUAAUAAUAAUAAUAAAAAUAAUAAUAAUAAUCAUUUUGUCAAUAAUACAUCAAAUAUUCUACUUGGUCUAUUUCUAGAAUCAGGAAAACAUUUUAUAUUUGAAUUUAAUACAAUUCAUGAAAGAAAUUUAUGCUUAGCAUCAUUAAAUAAAAUUAUUACUAUGAAUAAACAAAUUAAUGCUUAUCCAGAUAUUGAGUUUGCAUGGUCUGUUAAUGUUCAUUUUAAACCAAAAGAUUAUACAAGUGCCUGUUUAAUUCCAAAUAAUAAUGGAUCACAUUAUUUAUGUUUAACAUGUACAGAAAUACUUUUAAUUCAAGGAAAUUUACGUAUACCUAAAUUAAUUAUUUUAUAUCGUUUUGUACGUCAAUGUGUAUCACGUCGAGAUGGUCAAUUUCGUAUUUAUACUGGUCGUGCAUCACCAAUUGGUGAAUGUGAAAUUAUAUUUCAAUUAGCUGAUCAUACAGAAGCAGUAUAUGUACAUAAACAAUUUACAAGACUUAUGCAUCAGGCUAGUGUAAAUACACCAUCAUUAUCAUUGUCUUCAUCAUCUUCAUCUUCAAAUUCUGGAUGGAAUCGAUUUGGUUACAGUCAAAAUAAUUUACCUCCAUUGCCAAGACCAGUUUCAUUAUCUCAAAAUAAUCCAUUAUUAUCUAAUGUAAAUUUACAACCGAUUAAACGUUUAACUCGUUCCAAAUCUAUAUCCAUCAUAUACAAUAAUAAUAAUAAUAAUAAUAAUAAUAAUAAUAAUAAUAAUAAUAAUGAUCCGAUGGACAACAAGAAGAAUAAUCUCGUGGACUAUAGGAAUAAUUCCAUGGAUGAUAAGAAGAAUAACUUCAUGGACGACAAGAAGAAUAAUUCCAUGAACAACAACAACAACAACAACAAGAAUAAUAUUGAUUAUAAUGAAUGUAAUACAAUAAAAUACAAAAAAAAUUUAUUACAUCAAUCAUGUCCUUUAUUAUUAAAUACUAUAAAAGAUAAUUAUUUCUUGGAUCAACAAUCUAGACAAUAUUCAAAAGAAAUAAAAUCAAUACAAAAUGAUUAUAAUGAUACUUUAAUAAAAGAAAUUAAUAAUAAUCCUACAUCUCAUUAUUUGGAAAUGAAUUUAUGUGAUAACAAUAAUAUAAAAGAAGAGAAUCAGAAUUCAGUUAUACUUAGAAAUCAAUCUAUAUUACAUAAUCGAAUAAAAGCAUUUUCUACAUGUUCACCAUUAGAUUUAAUCUAUACAUCAUCUCAAUUCUGUAAUGAUAUAGUAUCAUUUAAAAAAUUCUUAUAUCCAACUAUUCAACAAUCACCAUCACCACAACAACAAUCAUCAUUAUCAUCUUCAUUCAUAUUGAAUAAUAAUAUUAUUGGUCAUCGUGAUAAUAAUGAACUAUUUGCACAAUUAUUCUUUGAAAAACAACAUGAUUCAUAUUCUAUAUCACCAUCACCAUCAUCAUUAUCAUCUUCAUAUGUUAUUGAUAAACAAGAUCAAUUAUCUUCAUUAAAUUCAUUACAUUAUUCUAAUCAAAGUCAAUCAACAUCAACUAGAUCACAUAAUAGUUUGUUUCAUAAUAGUAAUGGUACAAAUACUACUUGUAAUAGUAUAAGUAGUAGUUUAUCACCUAUGAUGAUAACCACUUCUAGUGGUUCAUCUAUAUUUUUUAAUUGUGGUAAUAGUAUUCAUAGUGGCGGUGGUGGUAGUGGUAGUAGUAAUAAUAGUAGUACUACUAGUAGUACAAAUGUUAGACCAAGAACAUCAAGUGAUGUUAGUCAUAUGCGUAGAUCAUAUUUCUAUCAUUCACGUGUACAUUAUCCUCCUCCUCCUCCUCCUCCUCAUCAUCAUCAUCAUCUUCAACAACAAUCAACUAUAACACAAAAUCAUCGAUUUCGAUAUCAAACACAACAAUGGAAAGAAUAUUAUCCACGUCCUUUAAGUACAAUUGAUGAUCAAACAUCACAGAAUAUAAUAUCCAAUUUAAAAUUAAAUAGAGAUUUAAGUAGUAUUCAUGAAUUAUUACCAAUAAAUAAUUCAAAUAAUAUAAAUCCAAUGAAUAGACCACGUGCAGCAACUACUGGAUCUAAUUUAUUAUUAAAUAAACAACGAUUAUCAAUAGUAUUAAAUCAUUUAAAAAUAAAUUGGUUUAAAAAACAAUUGAAUAUGAAAAAAAUCACAAAGCAAAAUUUAACGACUACUAAUUAUACUACUAAUUAUAAUAUUAGUAGUAUAAAUGAUAAUACUAAAAAUAUGAACGAAGAUAACAAUGAUAGUAAGGAUAAUGAUGAUGAUGAUGAAUAUGUUGAAACAUUUCCUAUGAAUAUGAAUAUCUUAUCAAAUAAUAUAAAUUCAUUAACAUUACAAACAAAUCUAUUACCGAAUUUAUCAAAUCAUUAUAUGAUUUUAUAA